ACAGACCUGCAUACCUUUACCUGUAAGACAAACAUGCAGUUUGAGGAUCUGCCAGACACCUUGAGGAUUGUGCUUCUCGGGGAAACUGGUGCUGGGAAGAGUUCAUCAGGAAACACCAUCUGUAGACGAAGAGCAUUCACGACUAAAUCUAGAGACAGAUUCAUCAACUUUGGUUGUGUAAAGGAAAGCAUACACUGUGAUGGUCAAUUGCUGUCUAUAGUGGAUACACCAGGUUUUUUUGAUCCCAAUAAAUCCAAUGAGGUGGUGGAGAGAGAGAUUGCUAAUGGGGUAGAAUUAGCUGCUCCUGGUCCUCACGUGCUAUUGCUAGUAAUUCGCCCAGACAAAAUCAAAUACAAAGAACGAAAAGGCUUCAGAAUUAUUUGGACACUGUUUAGAAAAUUGGCAGCAUGUUUCACCACGACCAAAGAACGUGAAACUAUGAAAAUGAUUGAGAAGAUGUUUGGGAAAAGCGCAUCAUGGUACACUUUGCCACUGUUCACCCAUGGAGAUGAGCUAGGAGAAUUUAUUGAUCUGGAACUUGGCAAGACCAUAGACGAUUUCAUUGACCAAAGUCCAGAUCUUUGUGCUUUUGUGUAUGAGUGUGGAGGAUACCAUGUCUUCAACAACAGAGAAAGGGAUCCCUCUCAGGUCAGAGAGCUGCUGGGAAAGAUCAACAGAAUGGUGCAGAGGAAUGGAGGAGGCUACUGCAGGAUUUUGCCACUAAGGGUCAAUCGUGAAUACACAUAUCUGAAAGGAUUUGUUAAGGCCUUUACCCUUGGAUUCUCUGUUGCAGCUGUUUCUGAAGGUGCCUUAGCUACUGUUAGGGCUACUGUUGGAUCUGCUGCUGGAGCUGGUGCUGCUGUAAUAGGAGCUUUGGUUGGUGCGAGGGGUAGUGCCAGAGAGGCUGUUGUGACGUCUCUUGGAGCUGGUCUUGCCGGAGCUGCUGCCAUAGCUGCUUUUGGAUCUACCAUGGCUGCUGGUGUUGCAUCUGUUGCCGGGGCUGCAGUGGGAGCUGCUGUAGCUGGAGCAGACGUGAGAGCUGUUGCUGUCUUCGCUGGAGGUGCUGCUGCAGGAACUGCUGUUGCUCAAGAUAUUAUUGCUGGUGCUACUGCUGAUGCUGGAACUCUUGAGCUCUCCAUUUUUUUUUACAUUCUCUACAUUGUGAUAAGUGUAUCAGUGUCCAUCAUUGCAUAUAUAGCCUGGGUUCAUGGCAGGGGUGUCGUUCAGGGGGCGAGCUUGGGUUACUUAAACGACGCUCUAUGAAACCAGAUUAAUAUUAUUUAUUAUUAUUAUGUAUGUAAGGUGCUCAUACACAAUGUGAUUUAUGAAGAUAUAUGGUUGGGGGAGCUUCCAUUGGAGCUGAUUGCACAUAGGGACCCAAUAUUUUCUGCUACGCCCAUCGGGAUUUGUUGUUUUGAGUGAACAGCUUUAUUUCACAGCUUAUCCUCUGAAUGGGACUAUUGAAGGCUCCUAGUAUGUUUGACUUGUUACCAGGAUUUAAAUUGUUUAUCUAGUUGUUAGUGUGGCAGAUUGGGUUCCACCCCUCAAUCUGACUGGUGAUUUUGGUCCUUUGUCUGUGAUUGGCAGGCCUAUUACUG